GGACAGUCAGUAGUAAUAAGAUUCCGUCCUUCUCAGGGUCAUGCUCAUAAGUCUUCUGCUUGCAAUGCAUGGACAAUGUCUGCUGCUUCAAGACUUAUCAGAAGAAUGCUGACCUCAGGGAUAACUCUAGCAGCCUUGGUGCUUUUCAUCCCAAUGUCUCAUUGUUCAAUCGAACGAGAGUCCCCGUUCACACUCAUGAACAAGGCCACUGGUUUUUGUUUGCCGAAGAGAAGUAAUCGCUGCCAGGAUGUGCGUUGGACAACCAGUGACAGGCUUAUGACCGUCUCAUCCACAAAGUGCCUGGGAGCCCAGGGGAAAACCGUGGGGAGUGAGGUCAGCCUGUACGACUGUGACGAGAAGGCUUCCCUCCAGAAGUGGGAAUGCCGGAAUGGAACCCUCCUCGCACUCAAAGGCCAAGAGCUUUACAUUGAGGUCAAAGCUGACAACACGAUUGCUCUCUCCAAAACUAUAGGACCAAAUAACCACCUCACAAUUAGUGGGACAUCCAGUGGUGCUUGCACAAGAACAUACAGAGAAUUUUUCACCAUUCAGGGAAAUGCAUUUGGAAGGAUCUGCAUGUUUCCCUUCAUGUACAAGGACCGGUGGUUUGGAGAUUGCACAACAUAUGACUCCUCAACAAAGCGAGCUUGGUGUGCUGUCGAAACUAAAUCUGAGCGUGAACUGUGGGGAUACUGUCCAAGUUCUUCCACUGAACACUGGGCGAAGAACACAGUAACAGGAGCGUAUUACCAGCUCAACACGCAGUCAUCCCUGACAUGGGCCCAGGCUGAGAAGAGCUGCAAACAGCAGGCGGCCUCUCUGCUCAGUAUCCACGAUCUAAACGACCAGGCUUUCCUCUCAGCACUAAUAGGAAAAGGGAGACAGAAACUCUGGAUUGGUGUGGUACAGGAUCCAGAACAUGGCUGGAAGUGGUCUAAUGGAAAACCUUUCCGAUAUUUGAAAUGGAGUACCGGACACCCACUUCCAAAUCCAGGAUAUAACUGUGCAUUUCUUGACUCUGCUGGAGAGUACUCCUGGCAAAGUUCAUCCUGCUCCAAAAAAACGGGCCACAUUUGCUACAAAGAUGGGGCUCCUCCAACUCCUCCACAAAUUGAGCAGGGGUUUUGUUCAACCCAUUGGAUUCCCUACAACGGCCACUGCUUUUACCUUCAACGAACUACCAAAACAUGGUCUGAUGCUGUAAAAGCUUGUCGCAAAGAACAUGGGGACCUAGUGUCCAUCCGCAAUGUGGAGGACCAAGGUUUUGUCAUCAGUCAGCUUGGAUACGGAUCCAAUGAUGAGCUUUGGAUUGGAAUGAAUGACAAGAGGACAGAGGGGCUGUUUGAAUGGAGUGACCACUCUUACGUCAGCUUUACUAGUUGGGAGUCAGGGAGACCAGCUGUUGCUACUGAUGAUGAAGACUGCGUUCUCAUUAGGGGACAGAAUGGCAACUGGGCUGAUCGUUCAUGUGAUGAGAAACAUGGCUUCAUCUGUAUGAAGCAAGGUGAAACUGAACCCACUGAGUUGGAAGUAGAUCUGGACAUAGGCUGCAAGGCUGGUUGGAAAAAACAUGGUUCCUACUGCUACUUUGUAGGAACUGAAUCAAAAACCUUUGAUGAGGCUAAAGAUGACUGCACGAAUUCUAACUCUUACUUAGCUGAUGUUUCAAAUGGGGUGGAUAAUGCAUUCCUUGUCAGUUUGGUGGGCUUGAGACCAGAGAGAUACUUCUGGCUUGGACUUUCAAACCAAAAAAACAUUGAUGAGUUUGUGUGGAGCAACACCAACCAAGUAAAGUUCACUCACUGGAAUGCUGAAAUGCCAGGCUACCAACAGGGCUGCGUUGCCAUGACAACGGGGAUUCUGGCAGGACUGUGGGAUGUGUUGCCCUGCACCAAUAAGGAGAAAUACAUCUGCAAACACCAGGCAGAGGGGACAAGUGUGACCGUUCCACCUCCAACUCAAGCACCUCCAAAGUGUGCAGAGGGUUGGAACAGGGUGGGGAUAAGAAACGUCUGCGCUAAGUUUUUUACAGGGCCUCGGGCAGAUGAAAAGACCUGGUUUGAAGCCAGGGAUUACUGCAGAGCCAUUGGGGGAGAUCUGCUCAGCAUCCACAGCUCAACUGAUCUCAUAGUGGCACGACAUGGAAAAGCCUGGAUUGGACUUCAUGCUCCUGACCCAACCAAUGGCUAUGUGUGGAGUGAUGGUACACAGCUGAAUUACCAACACUGGCAGGAAGGAGAACCAAACAACUUUAACAAUGAUGAAUCUUGUGUUGAAUUCAGAAUGCAUUACUCCGAUGGGCCUGGUUCUUGGAAUGAUCUGAACUGCGAAAGUUUCAAUGACUGGUUGUGUCAGAUUCGAGCAGGAGUAACUCCAAAACCACCUCCAAAUAAUACUUUGCCAGAAUAUAACAUCACUUCUGAUGGUUGGCUUGAGUGGAGAGGGAGUCAGUAUUAUAUUAGCAAAGCGUCCAAGGCUGCAGAGGACGCCCGUUACACCUGUCAGCAGAACCACGGUGACUUGGUAUCUAUUAGCAGUAAAGAUGAAAAUGUCUUCUUGUGGAAACAGGUUUCCAGAAGCUAUGGGAACUAUUAUAUAGGUAUGUCAGUGGAUCUUGAUGGGUCAUUUUGGUGGAUGGACAGUUCUCCUGUUGGACUGCAAAGAUGGGACGACAAACAACCUAAUUCUAAUGCCUUUGAUGAGAACUGUGUUGUUAUGAAUUAUCACAUGGGCUACUGGCGAACUACUAACUGCGGUCAUGAACACUUAUUUAUGUGUAAACGAGGGGGCACACCAAUCACAAACACCACCGCAGCCCCAACGGUUCCUCCCAAAGGUGGCUGUUCACCCAAAUGGACAAAAUUUGACUCCAAGUGUUACAAUAUCAAUUCCAACAAAGUGACAUGGGAUGAUGCAAGAAGACAAUGCAUCAACCUCAGAGGCAAUUUAGUCUCCAUUCCCACAAGGCGCGUGCAAGCAUUUUUGACCACUAAAAUGGCGGAAGCAGCCACUACGGAUCUGUGGAUUGGUUUAAAUAGUUUAAAUCAAGACAGCUUUUACUGGACUGAUGGAAAACGAAGAAGCUACACCAACUGGGGUUAUUCUAAAAAUCAACGCCGCCAAGGAACCUUUUAUCAGAGAUGGAAUGAGGACGAGUGUGUGAUAAUGGCAUCCAGUCCAAACUCUGGACUUGGUAAAUGGUUGAUAAAGUCUUGCAACAACACUAAUGGUUUUAUUUGUCAUCGAGAUCUUGACCCAAAUAUAAAGGCUCAACCAGAAACAACAAUUCCUACCAUCUAUGUACCCCUUGGAAAUGAAAGUAUUAAGAUUGUUACUGAAAAUAUGACAUGGAACGAUGCCAACAAACGCUGCAAAGGUGAACAGGCCAAUCUUGCCAGCCUAAGGAAUGAGUGGACAAAGGCCUAUAUUGAGCUGCAGGUUAUGAAUCUUAAGGCUCCUGUGUGGAUUGGACUGAACAAAGAGCAGACUGAAGGAUAUUUUAGAUAUACCGAUGGCUGGCACCUGCACUUCACUAACUGGGCUAUAGGUGAACCAACAAAGGACAGGCCUUGUGUGUAUAUAGAUAGUGAAGGACAGUGGAGGACUGCUUUCUGCAAUGAGAGCCUCAACAGCGUUUGCAUGCAGUCUACAGAUAUAGCACCCACAGAGUCAACAGUCUAUCCUGGAGCUUGCCCCGAAGACACAAAUGAAGAUUACCACCAGAGUUAUUCUUGGUUCCCAUUUCAGGGUUCUUGUUACUUGUUUGUCACAGAGGAAAUUGAAUGGGCAGAUGCAGCGAGCAGCUGUGUCAGACAUGGUGGAAUUCUUGCCAGCAUUGAAGAUCCUUCUGAGCAACAGUUCAUCAAGGAAAGCAUAGCAAAAUUUCAAGAUGUCCACACCUCCUUCUGGGUCGGCCUGUAUAAAACUCAUAAAGGGACAUGGAGCUGGCUGGACAAAACGGUGAUGGACUACACCAACUGGGGUUCAGAUGAGCCUCAUUCUGACUAUGGCGAAAUUGCAACUAUAGAUGGAUUAUGGAAAUCAGGGCGUCGUUGGCAUGAUAGAGCAUACAUCUGUGAAACACCCAAAGUGAUAUCCACAGCUGAAGAAACAAAAACUGAACCUCAUGGGGGUCCGGAUCAUCGCCGUCGUGCCCACACAACUUUGGUAGUUGUACUUGUGAUUAUUAUCACGUCUACACUGAUAGCUGCUGCAUUCUUCUUCUACAAGAGGUCGCCUGGUUCAUUACCCACCUUUGACAAUCCACUCUACUUGGACAGUCAACGUUCCCAGCCCGAUGUGGUAGACACCAACAAACUGAUAGAGAAUGCAGAAGUAGAACACCCUGAGCCUAUUAUAACUCUGUGACCUACAAAAUAACAAAAUCUUUUGGUUUGUACAAUAUACUACAACCAGACUAUGUCUUGAUGCUUCAUUUGUGUUUUUGCUUUGUUUUUGUUUGUUGUGGUAAACUCUAUAUUCAGUUUAUUUAAUAGGUCACUUAAUAUGAGUUUCAAUUGAGUUGGUUAAGUCCAGCUUUAUGGAACAGAACAAUUCAGGCUCCAGGAUGUCUCAAAGGGAAUGAUUAGUAUUUGAGUGUUUUUUAUCUAUAAAUAUGUAACUGAUACAGCCCAUACCCACUAGAUGGUGUUCACUGCUUAGACUGAAAUGUGUAAAAAUCUCACUGUCACUGUUAAUUAAAUGAGCUUUAAACUUCGCACUGAACAAUAAAUGUUUACAUUUGUUUUUUCAUAUUAAAUAAAAUACAACAAGA